AUGGCCGUCGCAUUGCGCACUCGCAGGACUGAGGCCAUGCACGACUCCGGCAUGUUCUUCGUCAACGAGGCCAUCGAGCGGCAGUCGGAGUAUGUCCUCGCCUGCCUCGAUGACCAGGAGCUCCUCAAAGCCACUUCGCAGUGGAUGUUUGAGGCUGACAUCUUCCGUGCGGCCAUGGGUCCGGAGUUGUGCGUUUAUCGCGCUCGCGCCGACGCGGCCGCUGCCUCGUCGGCACCAUUGGUCGCUCUCAAAACGUCGCACGACGUGGACAAUCCGCAACUCCAGGCGGAGGCUGCGAUGUGGCGCGCGGGCGAGCUGUGCGAUCUCACGGUGACGGUCGACGGCUCCGCGUUUGCCGUGCACAAGCUCAAGCUCGCGGCAGCGUCGGACUACUUCCGCGCCCUGCUGCCCGGCGACCGCUUCGCCGACAGCGCCGAGCACCAGCUCAAGGACAUGAAGGCGUCGGUCUUCGAAGGCGUGCUUUCCUUCAUCUACGAGGGCAGCUGCAACGUUCCCGAGGAGCUGCUGGUGCCUCUGCUCGAGGCGGCGUCGCGUCUGCAGGUGGCACCGCUGGCCGAGGCGCUCACGGCGGCGCUCAAGGAGCGCAUCUCCGUGGCAAACGCGCUGAGCACGUGGAUCUUUGCGGACCGCGCCAGCCUGCCCGAGCUGGCGGCCACGGCCCGGCAGCACACGCUCAAGCACUUUGCGGACGUCGCGGCGACCGACGACUUUGUGCAGCUGAGCCACGAGAUGCUCUCUGCGCUGCUCGCCAGUGACGAGGUCGAGGCCGACGAGGCCGCCGUCUUCACCGCGCUGGUCCGCUGGCUGCGCGCGCAGGCGCCGGCGGUGCGGGAGGAGAGCACGGUCGCCGCGCUGCUCGAACACGUUCGCUUCUCGACGAUGAGCGCCGACUUUCUCACCGAGCACGUGGAGACCGAGCCGCUCAUGAACACGGCCGCCGCGUUCAAGGUGCUCGCCCAGGCGAUGAAGGAAAAGUCCUUUGGCGCCGCCACGCCGCGCACCACGCCCCGAACCGGCGGGCCGCUCAACCCCAAGUGGGUGCUCGAGGGCCACGAUGCAGCGAACGUCUCGGCCGCUGGCGAGACGAUGACCACGCAGAAGGGUCUCGUGCGCGUCGACACGCUGAUCGCUUCGGGCACCUACGAGGUCGUCUUCAAACUGACCGAGGACGGCGCCGAUCUCUCGGCUGCAGUUUCGGGCUUCGGCAUCGUCAGAGACAAUUGCGACCGCCUUGAGAGCAACUCCAAUGGCAUGCCUAAUGUCUGGUGGCUGCGUCGCUUCCAUAGGAUGGUGUACAGCGAGAACCACAAGGAGGGGUUGACACCGCGUGGCUACGAGUUCCCCAUUGGCGCGGAGGCGCGCAUGCUCGUGGACAUGGCGGCGGGGCAGGUGACCUUCUUCAUCGACGGCGUGGAGGUGCCACACAAGGCAAAGGGCAUCACUGGGCCCGUGUAUCCGUGCGCCUUGAGCUACGGCCGCAAGGUGUCCGUGUCCAUCGUGAGCGUGCGUCGCCUCAAGCUGUGA